AUGUCAGCUUUCAUGAAAAGAUAUGGCAAGUUUCAUCGCGUGCUUUUUCCAUAUCGCUGGCCAAUCACGAGUGUGCGGCAGGUAUCAGUGACGUUGCAUCUUUUUUCCCCAUUUCGUGUCCUCGGAAAGCAAACAGCACCAGACAAUUCCAAAAGAGAUGCCUCGGCUGCUGCUGAUGAUGAUGAUCCAUUUUACCUGUGCGACUACAAAACGAGUGCUGAAAUUUCACCAGCUUCCACAACCAUCACCUACCGUAUCUCGUACAAGCCUCGCCAACUACACCUUAUUGAUUGGUUGAGAAGGUUGGCUCAAGGAUGCUUUCAUGGAGUCAGUACGGCGCUAUCUGGCGCUGAUGAUAAGGAAUUCACUACCCUCAUAACCCUUUUCGCCAACCAGCGGCACCAGUCACGCUCCUUACAAGUUCCUGUCAUCUGCGUGGGUCUGGGUGAUGCCUGUUUUACUUAUCCCGUGUUCCAAAUUGCUGCGGAUAUGGUGGGGCAGGGCGGACACAAGCUCUGGCAGAACGAGGUUCAAUCGAGUAUCUUCGAGCAUGCUGCUCAAUUACGCAUGACUGACGUCUACGAAGAAUUGUACAACUCGCGCUACGCAAACUCAAUGAACUAG